GUCAUUGAUUUGUGUGUACUCCCAUGUUGGAAUUCCCCAAAUUUGAGACUGUAGGCUGGCGCUUCUGAAAUCUCCGUCCAUCGGCAAUUUGUGGUGAACAUAAAUAACAAAUUGUUUGGAUUAAUCCAAAGGAAAUUUGUUGUAUUUUAUCUCCUGUGAUUAGAAGAUGGUUAUCAAGCUUUAUAUGUCUUCUCUCUCAGGAAGCACUGAGAUUAAAAAGAAGCAGUCCAAGAUCAAGGAUCUCCUGGAAAGUUUGAAGAUAGAAUUUGAAGAAAUUGAUAUCUCAGAUCACCGCAAUGAAAAACAAAAAGAGUUUAUGAGAAAUAACAGCAAGGGCAAGAAGGAGGGAGAGACCCCCAUAGCCCCGCAACUCUUUAAUGAUGACAAGUAUUUGGGGGAUUAUGAUGCCUUCCUGGAUGCAACAGAAAAUGAACAAAUCUAUGAAUUCUUUCAAUUGCAAUCUCCCAAAAAAGAUAAGAAGUCAGAAGAGGUGAUAACAAAUAAAAAUGGAGAUGUAGAAGAGGAGGAGAAGACAGACAAGGAAAAAGAGCAGGAUUCGACAUCAGUUGAAGACGAAAUAAAGUCAGAGGAUUGAAGAUGACCUGGUGAAGAAUUCCUGUGUAUAUGAUGAGUUGAAGGCAUGACCCAAUCUUUUGUACAUACAGUAUUAGGAUGGCUUCUCACCAGGAAACCAGUGUUCCAAGUGCUCCUCUUUACAAUGCAACAGGCUGUGACCUAACUUAUUACUGGAGUCAGAAACCUGAACUUCAGGCAGAACUGAGAUUUACAAAAGAAAAUUGAAAGGCAUUGCACACAUUCACAAACCAGGGUUACACUAUGUUGAAGAUACUUGAAGUGAUAAUGGUUGUGCUGGUGUCAAUUGUCACUGAGAAUUAUGUCAUGUGCUGACAUUUGGAGACAUUGAGAGAAUGCCUAGCCCAGAGUAUGCACAGCAUUCACCAGGAUCUUCACAUUGGUCUGAUAGUAUGGAGUGGACUUUAUGUAGUCUGGCCUGGAACAGUGGAAAGCUUGCUUAAGUCACACUAGUAUUAGCAACCAUUUUAGAUCGAUGGAAUACAAAGACGAAAGUUGUUCCCAUUUUAGCCUUGGAUCAAGGCUCACAUUGGAACUAUGGUUUACUUACUAUUGUUAUCAUGAAUAUCACAAAUCAAUCUGUGUUUAGAGACAACUGAAUGCUACCAAAUACUUGUAUAAAUUACAAAUGAAGGCAUAUCUGGGGCUGGGUUUGUUCUAUGGUUUACUUACUAUUGCUAUCAUGAAUAUCACAAAUCAAUCUGUAUUAAAGACAACUGGAUGCUGCCAAAUACUUAUAUCAAAUACAAUUACUUGGGACUGAGUUUGUUCUAAAUGUAGUCUCCAUAUUAUGAAUUAAAGUUAAUAAUUGACACAUAAAAGGUACAUAUUAUGAGUAGAUGAAAGCAUUGCCACUACACUUGACCAAAUGCAUAUACAUGUAGUUUCAAAUGGCAUAACUUAAACAAAUAGCACAGGGUUUUGUUUCAUUACUGCUUUUCCUUUCUGGUUUCAUUACCCACUAGAGGAAUGGAUUAAAGGGUCAAGUUUACAACCAGAAAUUUGGAGAAGGUACAAUUGAAAGCCCUUUCUCAGGUGAACAAGUGAUUAAUUUGAAUUAUUUUUGGACACGGAUUUUAUUUGUGUGAGAAAAUGACAGUAAUAAUUUGUAUGCAUUACAGUUGUGCUCUGGCUCAUCCAUCCUUAAUUUUGAACUUGCAAGUGAUUUUUUUAAUUUCACUGAUCUAGCUUGCCUUUUUUUCAUUUUGCCAUAUACAAGUAAUUCUAAGAUCUCUUGAUUAUCAUGAAUGCUGAUUUCCAUUUUAAGUUACACAAAAGUAGUUUCUGGAGCAGUCCCAAGCCACUGCCGUUUAUCACAUAAAGCCAAAUGUUUCACUUAGACUUUAAAAGCUUACAGAAUCUCAUUCAUUUGCCAAUAUUACACAACCAAUGGGUGUGUAGGCAACUUUCAAUAGCUCUGUAUUAGUUAAUCUAAUACAUUAAAACAGGGUAUAUAGGCAACCCUCACUGACUUUGUGUUAGCCAAUCUAAUACAUCAAUACAGGGGAUAUACCAAACCUCACUAACCCCUGUGACUUAGACAUCGAAGGUGCAUGCUACCAAACUAUUUAUUUUUAAGGCUUCCAUGUUCUCGUCUUGUUGACAGAUGUUUGUAUUGAACUGUUACUUAUAGCCAUUUGGUAUUUUGUUCUGUUGUUGUAAAAGGCUAUCCUACAGUAUAACCAAAUGAAAUAAACUUUUUACCAUUUGC